AUGGUCAUAGCAUUGCUCAGAUAUGCGGUCAUAACGGCAGCCCGAGUGCUUGCAACAGCCAGUGCAGCUCUUGUGGGGCUCGCUAAUCUUCUCGGCAUAUCGACAGAAGUGAGCUCGACACCAGCAGGAAGAAAAAGAAAGGCAGACAAACAGCAAAGGCAGAUACACAGCCAGGCGUCCACCGAAGACUGCCACUACGAAUCGAGGAAAUAUGACUUCCUGAGGGUUGCUGGCACCCAGUAUGGGUACGGGGGAAGGAUUGAGGACCUGUCCAAGAUUGAGUUCAGCCGCUUGAGAGGCAGGGUGUACGUGGACCAUGCCGGCGCCACCUUGUACUCAGAGAAGCAACUAAGAGCCGCUCAUCAGGACCUGAGCACGCAGCUGUACAGCAACCCCCACAGUGGGCACGUAGCUUGGUGUGGUGAUGCAAGCGCGUCCGAAGCCGAGAUGCAUGCGCGUGCACUCACGCUGGCAAUGUGCAACGCCUCUGAGCGGGACUAUGAAUGCAUCUUUGUGUCUGGAGCAACAGGCGCUAUGAAGCUUGUCGCCGAAUCCUUUCCCUGGUCGAGGGACAGCCGCUUUGUGUACACGCAAGACAAUCACAACAGCGCUGUUGGCAUGCGAGAGCUCGCCCUGAAUGCCGGUGCCAGUGCUGUGGCCGUGAACUUCGUCCCAGACAUCCCAGAAGGUAUGCUUGAGCCUGAGAAAUGGCAGCUUAUCACCAGGUCAGGUCAGCACAGCGAAAGCAGCAAGCCACAGAGCCACAGCCUGUUUGCGUACCCCUUGGAGUCCAAUUUCAGCGGAGCCCGCUAUGAUCUCCAACAUGUCGGGCGUGUGCAGCAGCAUGGGCUACAAGUGGUGCCUGUCAACGCUGGCAGCAGCCCAGAUCAGAUACCUGGUGACCAUAAGGAGCGCUGGUAUAUCUUGCUGGAUGCGGCAAAGGCCUGCUGCUCUGCGCCCCCAGAUCUGUCCCAAUCGCCUGCAGACUUUGUGGCGCUGUCUUUCUACAAGAUCUUUGGGUACCCAACUGGCCUCGGGGCGCUCCUAGUGCGGAAAGAGGCUCUGCAGAUCCUUGACAGGGCCUACUUUGGUGGCGGCGCCGUCAGCGCCUCAGUGGCUGAUGCUGACUUCUUCAGGAGGAGGCCAGGUGCAGCAGGUUUGGAGGACGGCACGCCUGCCUACCUGGCAAUCGCAUCACUGGCGCAUGGCUUUGCACAGCUCAACAAGCUGGGGUCAUUCCCUGCCAUCGAACAGCACACUGCCACUCUGACCAGGUGGCUGGCAGACAGACUGGCACUGUUGCGCCAUUCCAACGACCAGCCAGUCUGCGUGCUAUAUGGUGCGCACGCUCAAAAGGGCGCUGCUGUUCCUGCUUCAUCGUGUGGCAUCCAGCGCCUGGCAGGAGCUGUCGGUCAGGGCCCUGUGGUAGCCUUCAAUGUGCUCAGGCCAGAUGGAUCAUUCGUGGGUUACAGGGAGGUGGAGAAGCUGGCAGGGCUGUGCAGCAUCCUGCUGCGCACAGGGUGCUUCUGCAAUCCAGGGGCCUGCCAGGCGCAUCUGGGCUUGUCCCACCAGGAUGUUAUCAGCAAUUAUGAGGCCGGCCAUGUCUGCUGGGAUGACAAUGACCUCAUCAAUGGCCGACCCACAGGUGCUGUGAGGGUUUCAUUUGGGUACAUGUCCACCUUCGCGGAUGCAGAUGCUGUCUUCAGGUCCACUGAUUUGUUUCCAUGUCCAUUGACACCAUGUCUUCCCCUAGUACAACAGGGCACCUCUAAUCAGAUCCUUCAUGAAUGCAGCGGGGUGUCCUUGGGACAGGUAUUUGUGUACCCCAUCAAAUCAUGCGCGGGUUUUGCGCCCGAGUCAUGGCCGCUGGGGCAGAACGGUCUGCUGUAUGACCGCGAGUGGGCGCUGGUGGAUGGGGACGGAGCUGCCCUGACGCAGAAGAAGCUGCCUCGCCUCGCCACCAUCCGCCCCACCAUUGACAUGGAUGCAGGCAUGCUCCCUGUGCACGCGCCAGGCAUGGCCAAGUCCUGUGUGGUCCCUCUGCCGAAGGAGCAAGCGCGGCAUCUGAUAAUGCAGGUGGGCACGUCGCCGGCUCAGAGCGAUGCAGUCUCGGACUGGUUCUCUGAGGCGCUGGGAGUGCGCUGCUGGCUUGUGCGGCAGCAGGAUGGCAGCCGCCGAGCUGUGGAGCGCAGCCAGCUGCUGCAGCGCUUUGCGAAUGAGGGACAGUUUCUGGCAAUCUCGCUGAGCAGCCUGGGAGAUGUCAACCGCCGCUUGGCUGAGAAGCAAGGUUCAAAUGCUACAUGCAGCACACCUCCCUUCCAGGUGGAGGCAGAGCGCUUCCGGCCAAACCUGCUGUUCAGCGGUGGCAUGGAGCCAUAUGCAGAGGACACCUGGCGGACGCUUCACAUCGGUGAAUGCCACUUCAAUGUCACUGGUCCCUGCGCGCGUUGCCAGGUGGUGUGCACAGACCCGGAGGCAGGCCAGCGUGGGGGCCCAGAGCCGCUGCUCACACUGGCUGCCUACCGCCGCACGCGCGGCCAGAUCCACUUUGGCAUCCUGCUGGAGAACGCGUCCCAAGCCCAGCCAGCAUCGCAGUGGCUGCGCGUCGGACAUCCCGUGCUAGUGUCCCCCUGA